AUGGCCGACCUAGAUCCCCGGACCAAUACGGAAGAUUGCCUUGAGCCGCUGGGGGAUACCCAACCUGUGAUAGUGGGGAAAGAUCCCACUCAGGUCACUACCAUUGCUCGGGGACUGGAAGAAGAAGUAGAAAAGCGACUGAGGGCGACUCUAUGGCGCAAUCGGGAUUUGUUUGCCUGGACAGCUGCCGACAUGCCGGGGAUACACCCUUCUAUCAUGUCGCAUCGCUUGUCUUUGUUUAGAGAAGCCCGACCCGUAGCCCAAAAGAAGAGGAAGAUGGGCGAAGAGAAAAGGAGGGUCGUCCAGGAGGAAGUAAGGAAGUUACAGGUGGCAGGGUUCGUCCAGGAAAUCACGUAUACCACUUGGUUAGCCAAUGUGGUCAUGGUCAAGAAAGCUAGCGGCCAAUGGCGAAUGUGCACGGAUUAUACCGACCUAAAUAAAGCUUGCCCAAAGGACUCUUAUCCUUUGCCUAGCAUUGACGUCCUUGUGGAUGGGGCAUCCGGUCAUCAAAUCCUAAGCUUCCUGGACGCAUACUCGGGGUAUAAUCAGAUACCCAUGCAUGGACCGGAUAGGGAGAAGACGGCCUUUAUGGCCGAUCAAGCCAACUUCUGUUAUGAAGUCAUGCCCUUCGGUUUGAAGAACGCUGACGCCACUUACGAGCGGUUGAUGAACAAAGUAUUCGCCGAACAAAUAGGCCGAUGCAUGGACGUCUAUGUCGACGACAUGGUCGUACGGUCUUCACAGGGAACUCAGCACUUGCAAGACUUAGAGGAAGUCUUCAGACAGAUACGGAGGUAUGGGAUGAGGCUCAACCCGGCCAAGUGUACAUUUGGUGUAGCGGCUGGUAAAUUUUUCGGAUUCAUGCUGACAUCCCAAGGAAUUGAGGCUAAACCGGACAAGUAUGGAGCAGUAUUAGAAAUGCAGAGCCCGGGCACUGUGAAAGAUAUCCAAAGGCUUGUCGGACGCCUGACGACCCUCUCUCGCUUUAUACCAAAGCUAGCCGAACGGGCCAGUCCGAUAUUGAAAAAGAUGAAGAAAACUUCGACCAAUGCAUGGGAUGAUGACUGCGAAACAACAUUUCGCGAAAUCAAAAGUAUCCUCACCCAGCCCCCGAUCAUGAACCGACCCAUCCCAGGGGAAGAGCUGCAGGUUUACCUGGGAAUAUCCGAAGCUUCCGUAGAAAAGGUAGCCUUGGCCCUUCUGCAUGCCUCCAGAAGACUCCGACCAUACUUCCAAAGCCACCAAGUAGUGGUACGCACGGACCACCCUGUCUCGAAAAUAUUGAGAAAGCCCGACUUGGCUGGGAGAAUGGUAGGAUGGGCGGUCGAGUUGUCUGAAUUUAGCAUAAGGUAUGAACCACGAGGGUCUGUGAAGGGUCAGCAUUUGGCCGACUUUGCUGCCGAAAUACCUUUGACCGGCCAAGGUGAGUGGACAUUGUAUGUAGAUGGUGCGUUUGGCCGGACAGUCAGUGGAGCUGGUGUAGUCUUGGAGGGACCAAAUGGAUUCUUGAUGGAACAUUCCUUGAUUUUCAAGUUCAAAGCGUCAAAUAACCAGGCGGAGUAUGAGGCAUUGCUGGCCGGUUUGCAACUUGCCAAGGAUAUGGGGGCCCGCAGGUUGACAUGCCGAACCGACUCACAGUUGGUAGUGGGUCAGAUGAAUGGCGAUUUCCAGGUUCGGGAGGACCAUCUCCUCUGGUAUUAUCACCAAGCUUCUUCCCUAGUUCAGGACUUUGAAAGCGUGAAGAUCCAGCACAUCCCCCAGGAACAGAAUGCACGGGCUGACCUACUAUCCAAGCUCAGUACGGGGAAGGAGAAGGGGCAGUUGACAACCAUCAUCCGCCAAGUCCUCCUGCAGCCCUCGGUCGAAUGUCAAGCAAUCACGACAGAUGACGUUACUGAUUGGAGGACGGAGAUUCGUAAGCUGAUCAGCAGGCAAGACCACGGAGAAAACCUGCGUCCCGUCGAUACGAAGAAGAUCGCUAGAUCCACAAUGGUCGACGGCGACCUCUACCGAAGGGGUUUCUCGUCACCAUUGCUCAAGUGCUUGGCGGGGGAAGAGACCCAAUACAUGAUGAAUGAAUUACAUCACGGGGUUUGUGGUUUCCACACCGGAGGACAAACGCUCAAGGCGAGAAUACUACGUGCGACAUACUAUUGGCCGACGGUGGAGAAUGACGCAGUUGAAUUUACGCGCCGAUGCAUCCAAUGUCAGGCUCACGCCAACAACCGUCACGCUCCACCUCACAUACUCCAUACGAUCGUCUCCCCAUGGCCGUUCGCUCAGUGGGGAAUAGACAUUGUCGGACCCUUCCCCCCGGGAACCGGUCAACGAAAAUUUCUAUUGGUGGCCAUCGACUAUUUUACCAAGUGGGUGGAAGCGGAACCUUUGGCCACCAUUACAGCUUCUCAGGUUUAG